AUGUCGGCCCCAAAGUUGCGCGUCGGUAUCGCCGGUCUUGGCCGAAUGGGCCAACGACAUGCAUUGAACUACCAUGUUUUCACUCCUCGUGCUGAGGUGGUAGCAGCAAGCUCACCUGAUCUCAACGAGCACAAAUGGGCAGCAGAAAACCUUACAGGAGCAAGAAUUUAUAAAGACUACUAUGAAAUGCUCGAGAAAGAAAACUUGGAUGCCGUAGUAGUUGCUGGUAUUACUGCAGUCCACGCAGAUCAUACUAUUGCUGCUAUCAAGAAAGGAUUGCACGUCAUGUGCGAGAAGCCUUUGUCUCUUGACAUCAAGAUUGCUCAAUCCGUUCUCGACGCAUAUAACACAUCUCUAAAAACACACCCUAACCAGAAAGUCAUGUGCGGUUUCUCGCGCCGGUUUGAUGCUUCCUACCGAGAAGCCCAUGAGAGAAUGGUCUCGGGCCAACAUGGCCGACCAGUAGUCUUCAGAUCCCAGACCGCAGAUAUGCUCAACACUACUGGGACAUUCGUGCAGUACGCCAAGACGAGCGGCGGAAUCUUCCUCGACUGCUCCAUCCACGACAUCGACUUGAUGCUGUGGUUCCUUGGUGAGAACACCAAUAUCAAAAGCCUGCAGGCUGUUGGAGUCACUGCCGUCCACACUGAAUUGGAUUCAAGCAAGGAUCGUGACAACGCGGUAGCUACGGUCGAGUUUGAUGGCGGCAAGAUUGCUACCCUUUUCUGCUCACGUAUGAUGGCUGCUGGACAGGAAGAUACAACUGAGAUCAUCUGCGAGAAGGGGUCACUCAGAGUCAAUAUGCAAGGCCAGAAGAACCACCUUGAGAUUCAUGAUGGCCAGGGUGCCAGACGUGAUCUUCCCAAGCAUUACUAUGAGCGUUUCAGAGAGGCUUUUCUUACGGAAGCUAAUGAGUUCACUUCUUGUUGCUUGGAUAACACAACCGCACCAGUGUCGCUUUCAAGUUCGGUCAAAGCGGUUGUUAUUGGCUCGGCUUUGCAAUCUAGUUUACUUACUGGGGAAAAAAUUAAUUUUAAUUCUGGGAAAGAGGCUAGACUUUAG